CAGAAACUUUGGCCCUUGUCAUCACUCACGUAACGCUCCAUGAUCCCCAGGCCCCAGAAAACACCCCCAUUUCUAGUCGUCAUUGGUAGUUGAUCAGCCACUGACACAGGUUCCGUCAGCAGCUCUCCCAGCUUGUCCUCAGUAACGGUGACGCCAAGCUCCAGCAGCAGCCAGAGCUCAAAUUCCCAAGAAACCUUUUGACCUCGUUGUCGUCCGCCAACGCCUCAAUUUUGGUUUCCUUCUCCUCCCUCCUCCAAUUAUUCUCUCUACGAACUCUUCACCUUUUAUUCCCUCAACUCUCUCUCUCAUCUCCACCACCAAUCCCUUCAGCGUCCGAAGCUGUCUGCUAUAUCCCCCCUCUCUUCACGACCACGCCGCCCACCUCGCCAGCUAUCACCAUGGCUCUCGCUGACGAGUCCAACCGUAUCGUCCAAGAGUUCGAUUUCUCCGACGAGGAACUUAACACUCAUGUGAAGGAGUUCUUGAGGCAAAUGGAUGAGGGCCUUCACAAAGAGGGUACCAGCCUCCAACAAAUCCCCACCUACGUCACCGGCGUUCCCAAUGGCACAGAAAAGGGUCUGUAUCUGGCCGUUGAUCUGGGAGGCACAAACUUCCGAGUUUGCUCCAUCAUGCUCAAUGGUGACACCACCUUUAACCUCACUUACAACAAGGUUGCCAUUCCGAAGGAGCUUAUGGUCGCAAAGACCUCCUCACAACUCUUUUCUUUCCUCGCCAAGCAGAUCGAGAUCUUCCUCAAGGAGCACCAUGCCGACCGCUUCAACUCCCACCUGCGUCGUCGCAACACUGCCAGUACUCCCUCGGGCUAUCGCGAUGAACAUAUCUUCCGCCUGGGGUUCACCUUCAGCUUCCCUGUCAAGCAGCUAGCUAUUAACAAGGGUCUGCUAAUUCGAUGGACCAAGGGCUUUGACAUUCCUGAUGCCAUAGGCAAGGACGUCUGCGCUCUGCUUCAGACCGAGAUCGACAAGCUCCACCUCCCCGUCAAGGUUGCGGCGCUCGUAAACGACACUGUCGGCACUCUCAUGGCUCGAUCCUACACUUCAACCAGCAAGAGCCGAUCUGUGCUCGGUGCCAUCUUUGGUACUGGUACCAACGGUGCCUACAUGGAAAAAUUGAGCAACAUCAAGAAGCCUAUCUCUGGGGAGUAUGAUCAAUCAACAGGAGAGAUGGUUGUCAACACAGAGUGGGGUUCUUUUGACAACCAGCUCAACGUUUUGCCAUCAACACCUUGGGAUAAGGCUCUUGACGCCGAAAGUGUAAACCCUGGCCUUCAAAUGUUCGAGAAGCGGGUGUCUGGUAUGUUCUUGGGCGAGAUUGUCCGACUUGCCAUGGCCGAUAUGAUCAACAAUGAGAGUUCGUCUCUGUUCAAGGAUCUCAACUCGAGCACGAACGAUUGGGGCACCACCACAAACAUCGCGCCAUCGUCUGGCUUCCUUAAGCCUUGGGGACUCGACAGCUCCAUCAUGUCCGUUGCGGCCGCCGACAAUACCCCUGAGCUGUCUACCCUUCGCCAGGAGCUCGAGAACCUCCUCAGUGUUUAUACUCCCUCACUCGAGGAUGCUCAGGCUUUCAAGUCUGUUUCCAAUGCUGUUGGUCGUCGCGCUGCUCGAUUGUCAGCUGUCGCCAUCGGUGCCAUCGCCCUCAACUCUGGCAAGCUCAAUGAUCUCGAUGAAGAGGUUAUUGAUAUCGGUGUCGAUGGCAGUCUCGUCGAGCACUACCCUUUCUUCCGCGAUAUGAUCUACGAGGCCCUCCGUGCCAUUGACGGCAUUGGACCACAGGGUGCUGAGAAGAUCCGAAUCGGUAUCGCUAAGGACGGUAGCGGUGUCGGCGCCGCCCUGAUUGCCCUGGUGGCUGCUGGCAGGGAGAAGCCCGAAGAUUAUUUGACUGACUUGAGAUCCGAGUCCAACCGCGCUCGCAAGUCUUCUGAUGCGAUCCGUACGUUCUACCCUCCAUCCCAAGCCAUUCAAACUUCGGCUUCCGCAUAAGCGACAUUUGCUAACAAUUUAAUAGUCGAUUCUGCACCAGUCUCUAACCAGGCGCUCCUAAUUGGCGGUGCUGUCGGUCUCCUUGCGCUAGCAGCUAUAUGGUAUAGCAAGCGUCGAUGAGCAACUACAUGUUUUGGUGUUAUGUUUCUGAGUUGAUAACUCGUGUCAAGAUUUAUGUAUAUAUGUGCAUGUGACGGGAUGUGGUCAUGUUCAUUUUUGGGCCCUAGGCGUUUUCUUGAAAUUUUUCAUCCCUUUGCAGUUUUUUAUUCUACAUUCAAAAGUUGUAUAAUUAUGAGGCAACUAGUUUUAUGACGAGAUAAUCUGAUGAUUCCUUUUCAGUUUCCCCAGGAACAACU